AGGUAAACAUUGAACGUAAAAAAACAAGAAUUAAAAUAAUUAUAUAAUUUUUGCUGUUUAAACAUUAAUUUUUUUCCUGUUAAAUGACGAGAAUUGCACGAUGAACAGUUAUUUUUCAAAAGAAAAGCGCGGAGUGACAAUGACUGUACUGAUUCUCGGUACGGCGUUGUGUGCUUUUAUGUUCGCUUAUCUCGUGUUCGGAGACACAAAUGACGAGGAAGCGAUGCGAACGAUUCGUAUGGUUGGCGUUGUUUUUCGUCACGGAGCUCGAAAUCCAACGGAAAGUUACCCGAAUGAUCCGUAUUUGAAUUAUAAUUGGCCCGGAGGUUUGGGUGCCUUGAACAAAAAGGGCAUUAAGCAAAUGUAUAAUCUCGGCAAAAACUUAAAUGUUCGUUAUUAUCGACUUUUUGAGGAAAAUGGCUUAUAUUCGCAGGAAAACAUGAAAGUUCAAAGUAGUUCAGCUGAACGUGCCAUAAUGAGUGCCCAAAGUUUCCUCGCUGGAUUUAUGCCGCCUUUGGAGACAAAUAACCCCUUGCCAAUUCCAUGGCAACCAGCAGCUGUUAGUGUUUUACCUCGCGAUCAAGAUACGUUGAUUGCCAUGAAAAAACCUUGCCCGAAAUACGAUGAGACUUUGAAGCAGUUGUAUUUGAAUCCGCCUUCAGAUAUUGUCGAAAUGAAUCAAAAAAAUGAAAAUUUGUAUCGAAUGUUGUCACGAAAUACGGGACUUAAUAUCAGUAGAGUACUUGAUGUUGAAUUGCUUUAUAACACGUUAGACGUUGAGAAGGAAUCUGGAUUAGAAUUGCCCGAUUGGACUGAACAAAUUUUCCCCGAUCGCAUGUAUCCGGCAACUUUACGAAGCUAUACGCUCUUCACUGAAACACCGUACAUGAAAAAAAUCAAAGGAGGCGCCUUGUUUACGGACAUUCUUGACAAAAUGAUUAAAAAACGUAAUGGACUACUCUCGCCUAAUCGCUCGAUAUUUAUCUACUCGGGACAUGAUGUUACAUUGGUAAACAUCAUGCAUGCCAUGGGCAUACUCGAAGAGACAUCACGUAAACCCGAUUAUGCGGCGACACUUGUGAUUGAAUUGCAUCAUAGUUACUUGUAUCGUGACGAUAUGGAAGUACGUAUCGUUUACUACUACAAUAGUGAGGAUAAAUUCCCCAAAGAGAUACAAAUACCGGGCUGUGAUCAUCCGUGUUCGUUAACGAACUUUGGCAAAGCGAUGAGUAAUAUUGUGUUGCGCGAAGAUUACGACGAGGCAUGUAAAAUUGUCGAAUAAAUUCUUGAAUUUUAUUUUAAUUUGAA